AUGUACAUCGUCGUCUCCACUCUUCUGGAUGACCUGCCUCUGUGGCUUCAAUCUCCAGAUCUGGUCGAACUGGAUCCCAAUUACGACGUGGCGUUCCAGAGAUCUUGUUUCUGGACGCAGAAGUCGCGCAUGAUUGCCAUGUUUCAUAGCGUGAGAAUCAUGGUUCUCCGCCAGUGCAUCGAACAUGGCCUCACAACGCUCAUCGGUCUUAACAAUGACCAAUUGACGCUGGCUAUGGAGCAGACAAAUAUUGCCCGCGAUGUCGUCCACAGCCUGCAGAGCGUUCCUUUCCAGUACAUUCAGACUAACGGGGAGCCCGGGAUCGAACUGAUGCGUGUUGUGGGAAGCAUCUUGCUUGAGCUAUCACAGAAAGUCGAAAACGACGUGAUCCGAAGCCGGGCCAGCUCCCUCCUGUCAUCCCUACUUGACAUUCUCGCGAGACUCGACUCAAAGGCGUCCGAAGAACUGAUUAAUCAACAAAACUGA